AAAGGGCCGGUUGGUGGUGGGAACGCUAUUGUCGCGAGUCUCGAGUUCGGAUCCUCGUCUCCAAAGCUAUGUAUCUAGAAGUUCCAGAAAAGGACGAAGAGAUUCACCCGAGGUAUCUCCAUCAGGAGCUGACCAGGCCACUGAUGACCAUCACCAUCAUCUUAACCUUCGGAUCCUCUUUCCAAUAUGGUUACAAUCUCUGGGUGGUGAACCAUCCUGCAGCGCUUAUCCAAGAUUACUACAACAACACUUUCAGGAUGAAGAAAAAAGAGAUUCCCCAGCUUAUCGGUCUGAAUUUCCUAUAUACUUUGACCAGCGUGAUCUACUCCCUGGGGGGCCUCAUCGGAUCUCUUAUGGUUUGCCCCAUGGCUGAUACCUGUGGCAGGAAAGGCACGCUGGUGAUAGCCAACCUUUUAGCUUUCAUUUCUGCCAUUUUCAUGGGCUUUUCAACCAUCGUCCACAUGUACGAAUACGGGAUAUUUUCCCGUCUGCUCAGCGGGGUUUGUUCAGGGAUCUUCUCCUGUGCCGUGCCACUGUACCUUGCCGAGAUCGCGCCCCGAAAUUUAAGAGGGGGCAUCAUGACCAUGGGCAUGGUGGCCGUCACUGUCGGCGUCCUGAUCUCACAGAUCCUGGGUCUUCCGGAGUUUCUGGGUUCCGAGAGAAAAUGGGCCAUCUUGCUGAGCUUAACCGGGGUUCUCGCCGUCUUUCAGCUCUUCCUUUUGCCCAAGUUUCCCGAAAGUCCUCGCUUUCUGCUGAUUCAGAGGAAGAACGAGGAGAAAGCAAGACAAGUCUUGAAGGUCCUGCGAGCCAAAGAGGACGUCGAGGAAGACAUAGAAGAACUUCAUCAAGAAGAUAUUGCUGAAUUGGAAGAGAAGGAAAUGAGUGUGUUAAACCGGCUCACUUGCAAAGGUCUACGGAGACAGAUCAUCUGCGUUGUCCUUCUAAUGGCUGGCCAACAAUUCACAGGGAUCAACGCUGUGUAUUACUACGCAGAGACUAUUUACAGGACCGUGUGGCUGAACUGGAGAAAACCUCGGUACAUCAGCAUCAUGUCUUCCAUAUUUGUCCUCUUGACCUUGUUAUUUGUUACCUAUAGCAUUGACAGCUUGGGGCGAAGACUCUUAAUCUUGGUUGGACUCGGGAUCUGUAGUACUUUCUGCGUCUUAUUAACCAUAUCUCAGGAGCUUCAGGUGGCUAUCAGUUGGCUGUCUUACGUCACCUCUAUCUUGAUGGUCAUCUUCCUCUUGGGACACAUCGUAGGUCCAGGUCCGAUACCAAAUGUCAUCAUAGCUGAAAUGUUCCUUCAAUCAUCCAGGUCGACUGGAGUCGUCCUGGGAGGUUUUGUUCAUUGGUUUCUAAAUUUUAUAACUGGAAUUAUGUUCCUUCAGUUCGGGAGAAAGAUUGGAUCCUACAGCUUUCUGAUGUUCUGGCCUCUCUGCAUCGCUAGCUUUGUCUUUAUCUUCAGGAACAUCCCGGAGACCAAACAGAAGAAUUUUCUGCAGAUCCGAAACCUCUUGGCUCUCCAGGCCCUCAAAAGAAUUAACGUCCAGGAGUCCCAAGGCAAAUCCGAUCAGAUCAGGCAGCUGGAUGGGGGGAGGCGUAAAAAACCCAGGGCGACGACCUCCACUGUCCCAUCCGUGCCUUCAAUUUGAGGAAGUGGCUCAUUCCGUUGGGAUUUUGAUACUCUCUUGUUUGCUGUUUUUAAAAUAAACCAGAUGUCCUUCUUGUGGAA